CCACAAAAACACCACGUACACGGGCGCGGGCGCGGAGACCGACCACCACCUCCUCCGGGCUCCGGUUGCCUCCGGCCUCGCCUUCCCUCCAUCCUCCUCCCCGUCUCCAGCCCCCCGGACGGGCAACCCCCCCGUGGCGCGACAGUUCGUCGCCGGUUCCCAUGGCGGCAGCGGAGGUGUACUCGCCGACCGCUGCGGCGGCGGCGCAGCAGCAGCAGCGGGGGAAGGCGGCGUCGCAGGCGUGGCGAGCGGUGGUGGGGUGGAUCGGCUUCCUCCUCCAGGUCCUGCUCCAGAUCCUCCGAGGCACGCCCUCCUGCGCCCAGCUCCUGUCCUUCGUCGGCUUCCGCUACCCUCUCCUUUCCGGGCCCGCGGCUUCGGAGCCGUCGCCGGAGGUGGCCUUCAUGCCGCUCCACUCCGAGAUCCCAGCUGACGCGGACGCGGCGCCUGCCCCGAUACCUGCGCCUGAGCCCCUGGGCCGCCUCACGGUAGUGCUUGACUUGGAUGAGACUUUAGUUUCUGCAUAUGAAUCAUCUAGUCUUCCUGCUAUUGUGCGCACACAAGCAGUUGAAGCAGGAUUACAUUGUUUUGAUAUGGAAUGUAUAUCGUCUGAUAAGGAUGUUGAAGGAAAACAGAAGGUGAAUCAUGUGACUGUUUUUGAGCGCCCUGGUUUGCAUGAGUUCUUGCUGAAAACUAGUGAAUUUGCAGAUCUUAUUCUUUUUACAGCAGGUUUAGAAGGUUAUGCUAGACCUUUAGUCGACCGAAUAGAUGUUCACAAUAGAUUCAGACUUCGUCUCUAUCGCCCAUCAACUGUUACCACGGAAUACAGAGAACAUGUGAAAGAUCUUUCUUGCGUGUCAAAAGAUUUCGGCAGGAUUGUCAUUGUCGACAACAAUCCGUUCAGUUUCAUUCUUCAGCCUUUGAAUGGAAUACCUUGUGUUCCAUUUUCAGCUGGACAACAUUCUGAUGACCAGCUCAUGACGGUUAUAUUUCCACUCCUGAAGCAUCUUUCCCUCCAGAAAGAUGUCAGACCUGUAUUGCAUGAAAGGUUUCAUAUGCCAGAAUGGUUCCAAAAGCAUGGGAUCCCCCCAACUAAUCAGGCUGUGUAAGUUUUGCUGCCGUACAAUGGAAUUGUUUUGAUGAAGGCUGAAGUGCCUAUUGUGCUAUAAGCCCCUUAAGGGAGAGCACUUGUACAUUAUUAUCAAUAUUCAUUUAGGGUUCCUGAUAAAACCAAAUCACUGCCUAUAUGGAGUUGUCACAUCCGAAGAUAAGAAAAUUGUAAUCUAGCAUGACGUCAGAUUUGUAUCUGUGUAGUGGAGCAUUUUAUAUCAAUUAAUUGUUGUAUAUCAGCUUCUGUUGUAAAAUUUGAUUGUUGACAGUUAAGAUAGUCUAAUGAAUAGUUCAUGGCUCAUCGAUGUCAAGUUUA